GGAUGCCUGGCUUCAUUGUCCACCUGGGCCUGGCAAGUCUGGCUGGUUCCCUCCAUGCCCUGAGAGGUGGAGGUGCCGUCUUCCCCUCUGGGACCAGCUGUCUCCAGUCUUGGCCUGCCCUGCUGGUCCAUUAAAAGCAGGGCUCGCCAGGGAACAAUCUUCUCGGGUUGCCUGUAAUCUGAGUGAGCCAAGGUGCCACGUUGUUGGCAGGAUGCAUGAGAUCAUUGCCUGCCUGCUUUCUUUCCUUCGGAUUUUUUUAAAGUUUUUAUUUAUGACCAGAAGAGUGAGAGCAGCAAGAAUCUCACUCGGCAACCAUGUCAGUGGAACUGGAGACCUCAGAGGGGGUGGAUGAGUCGGAGAAAAAGAGCUUUGGGGCCUCAGAAAAAGAAAACCACACCAGGAUGGCUGACCUCUCCGAGCUCCUGAAGGAAGGGACCAAGGAAGCACAUGACCGGGCAGAAAACACCCAAUUUGUCAAGGACUUCUUGAAAGGCAACAUCAGGAAGGAGCUGUUUAAGCUGGCCACUACUGCACUUUACUUCACAUAUUCAGCCCUGGAGGAGGAGAUGGAACGCAACAAGGACCACCCAGCCUUUGCCCCCUUGUACUUCCCCACGGAGCUGCACCGGAAGGAGGCACUGACCAAGGACAUGGAGUAUUUCUUUGGCGAGAACUGGGAGGAGCAGGUGCAGUGUUCCCAGGCUGCCCAAAAGUACGUGGAGCGGAUCCACUAUGUGGGGCAGAAUGAGCCGGAGCUGCUGGUGGCCCAUGCAUACACCCGCUACAUGGGGGACCUUUCAGGGGGCCAGGUGCUGAAGAAGGUGGCCCAGCGGGCCCUGAAACUCCCCAGCACGGGAGAAGGGACCCAGUUCUAUAAAUUUGAGAACGUGGACAAUGCUCAACAGUUCAAGCAGCUCUACCGGGCCAGGAUGAAUGCCUUGGACCUGAACCUAAAGACCAAAGAGAAGAUCGUGGAGGAGGCCAACAAGGCCUUUGAGUACAACAUGCAGAUUUUCGAUGAACUGGACCAGGCUGGCUUCUUGUUGGCCAAAGAGACCCUGGAGGAUGGGCUCCCCAUGCACGAUGGGAAAGGAGAUGUGCGUAAAUGCCCCUACUACGCUGCUAAACAAGAUGGAGGUGCCCUGGAGGGCAGCAGCUGCCCCUUCCGAACAGCCCUGGCUGUGCUGAGUAAGCCUAGCCUCCAGUUCAUUCUGGCCGCUGGUGCAGCCCUUGUUGCCGGCUUCUUGGCCUGGUACUACGUGUGAAGGACCCAUCAUACCGCCUUGGCGCCACCCUCCCGAUUGACCACUGGCCCAUCCCCACCUGUGACUAAACUACCACCUCAGGUGACUUUUUUUUUUUUUAAUGCUGGGUUUGAGAAAACAAGCAACCAAUAAAAGCCAGACGCUAAAGCCUCUGCCUGUAGCGUCCUCUGUGUGGGCUAGAUGCCGAGCAGGGUGCAGGCCCUCCAUUCCUGUAGCCGUUGGGCCAUGGUACCGGGAGCAGCCAGUGCAGCUCAGCAGGCCAGUCUGAGUCUCUGGAACCAGCUCUGCUCCCAGGGCACCCACACCGCUUAUCCUGAGGCUCCUUCCCUUCAUCAUUCCUUGUGCUGGCAUUUAGGUGGGUAUUGUUCCCCUAGUGGGAACAGAGCAUCCAGCAAGCCUAGGUUGCUGUAGCUCUGUGGGAGGGAGGAGGCCUGUCCUUGGGGGGGGGGGGGGGGGGGGCUUGCAUCCUGUCUCAGAGGCCCUGGGAGCUCCAUCCUGAGUAGCCAGUCCUCUUCCUGCUCAAGCAGAAACCCGAGAGGGGGGUCUGUUUAGCCAUGGCGCAUCCCCUUUGACCUGUGUAAAUGCUACAGCACUCAAUAAAGUGGACUCUGACA